AUGACAAUCACAAUGAUGGAUAAAGACAAUUUGGUGACAAUUAUAUUUGAUUGUUCAAAGAACAAUUUAUUUACACCUCAACAAGGAUUCAAAGUGUUGACAAGAAGAUUUAAAACUUCAGGUUAUAAAGUAAUCAGUAACAAAGAUGAAAUUUCAAGUGAUACAUUGAAUCAAGCCUCGAUUUUCGUCAUAUCUACUCCAAAGGAAAAAUAUUCAGAUCUUCAGAUUAAUCAUCUGAAAAAAUAUAUUUCCAAUGGUGGGAAACUUUGGUUAAUGAUGAAUGAAGGAGGCGAUCGGAGGCAAUCAUCAAAUGUUAAUUUAAUCUUGGAAAACACUGGAAUAACAAUUAACAAUGAUACUGUUGUUCGUAAUUCAUAUUUUAAAUAUCUCCAUCCAAAAGAAGCCUUAAUCACCAAUGGAAUCCUUAAUCGUGGUAUAUUAACUGUCGCAGGGAAAUUGAAAAAUUUAACUGAAUCAAAAGGAUCAAGUUUACAAUCAAUUAAUUAUGUUUAUCCUUUCGGUGCGAGUUUGAAUGUAAUUAAACCAGGAAUCGGGGUUCUAUCAACUGGAUCAGUUUGUUUUCCGCUCAAUCGGCCAACGAUUGCUUUUUAUACCGAUCAAUUAUCGGGUGGUAAGUUAAUUGUCACCGGAUCAUCACAAAUGUUUACCGAUAGUUACAUUGAGAAAGAAGAUAAUUCAUUGAUUAAAGACAUUAUUUUGGAAUUCUUGCUGGAGGCCAUUUUUCCGAUCGAUACAAUCGAUGCCGAAGAUCCGGAAGUCAGUGAUUACCAUACGGUUCCUGAUAUCGCUUCACUUGCUGAGGAGCCGCUUUCGUGUCUACAGGAAACGGAAGAUGCUCCUUCGGACUACACGAAGCUUUUCACUCAACAAAUCUACGAAAUUGAUAACACUUUGUUGGCCAAAGUGAUCGCCGCUUAUAAGGAUUUCCAUAUGGAAAAAGAGGUUCUAAAGUUAAUUAAACCUCAGUUCGACUCACCAUUACCUAACCUCGAACCUGCAGUUUUCUCUCCUAACUUUCGUUGUCACCCGAAGCCUAAUCUUGAGCUGUUUGACCUCGACCAGGCCUUUAGUUCAAUUCCAGCUCGAUUAGCUCAAAUUGUGAAUAAAUGUACCGAUGAUGAUAUCGAUUAUUAUAUCAAAGAGUGCGCUAUGGUUCUUGGUCUAUCCGGUUCUGAGAAAAUGAACUCGAAACAAAUUUUGGAAAAAAUUUUCAACAAAAUUGUUCUUUACAAGAAAGUGAACAUUGACAAAGACUAA